AUGGUUGUGACGGCGUCUAACAAUGAUGUUGUGGAGUUGUCUCAUAAUGAGGUUGUGGAGAUGGUAUUGUGGAUGAGUGGCAUAAAUAGACCACCAACACAAGUGAUUGCGACUGUAAUAAUGUGGAUAGUUGGUAGUGGUUGGUUCUUUAGAAAGAAAGAUGAUGAAAAGAGUGGGUUGAAUCCAAUUGAAAUUGUGGUUUUUAUGAGGAAAAGAAAAGGAAAAUAUUCACUUCGGCUUCGAUCAAUGGCUCGAAUCAAAAUUCAUGAGCUUAGGAACAAAUCGAAGGCUGAUUUGUUUGCCGAGUUGAAGGAUCUCAAGGCUGAACUUGCUCUUCUCCGUGUCGCCAAAGUUACCGGCGGUGCUCCGAACAAGCUAUCCAAGAUCAAAGUGGUGAGGACAUCAAUUGCUCAGGUUCUGACUGUGAUUUCACAAACUCAGAAGUCUGCUCUUAGGGAAGCUUACAAGAACAAGAAAUACUUGCCUCUUGAUUUGCGCCCAAAGAAAACCAGAGCCAUCCGUAGACGUUUAACCAAGCAUCAGGUUUCAUUGAAGACUGAAAGAGAGAAGAAGAAGGAGAAGUACUUCCCAUUGAGGAAGUAUGCUAUCAAGGCUUAAGGUGGAAAUUAUCCAGGAUGAUAUUUAGGUAUUAAUGUGUUUAAAACUUGUUCCAAUUUUGAAGUCUGAUUCUCUGUACGAUUGAUCAGAAAUCAUGUAUUUGAUAGUUUGUUUGCAAUGAGUUACAAGAUGAUCAACAUUUGUGUUUGCUCUUGAUGUUGCCUUAGCUAUUUCUUUUUGAAUGAAGUUUACUAUUGUUGGCUCCCUUGAUUAUAUGUAUUUGUUUUAACCUAUCUUAAAUUAUUGAUUACUUAUUUAACAAAAAUGGUAAUCUGAAAUGGCAUGAUAUAUAAUUUCAC